AUGGCUUCCCAAACCCCAGCCGUUGUCAUGGACAACGGAACUGGGUAUUCAAAGCUUGGAUUCGCCGGUAACGACUCGCCCUCGUUCGUCUUCCCGACUGCAAUUGCUACGAAAGCUGGUGCUGGAAGCGCCGGAGGUGGUGCACGCCCCGCUGUCGCGAAUAAACCUUCUUUUUUGGCCUCGGGUGGUGGAAGCUCACAUCUCUCUGCGAAGCGUGGUACGGAGGAUUUGGACUUCUUCAUUGGCGAUGAGGCUCUGUCAGCUGCCAGCGGCCCUGGAUACGGUAUCAAUUACCCAAUUCGCCAUGGUCAGAUCGAGAAUUGGGAUCAGAUGGAGCGGUUCUGGUCGAACUCGAUCUUCAAGUAUCUGCGCGUCGAGCCCGAGGAUCAUUACUUCCUACUCACGGAACCUCCUCUGAACCCCCCGGAGAACCGUGAAAACACCGCUGAGAUUAUGUUCGAAUCCUUCAACUGCGCCGGUCUUUACAUUGCUGUUCAAGCUGUACUUGCGCUGGCCGCUUCUUGGACAUCUUCCAAAGUGACCGAUCGUUCUUUGACAGGGACGGUUAUUGAUUCUGGUGACGGUGUUACGCACGUUAUCCCCGUCGCAGAAGGCUACGUCAUUGGUUCUUCCAUCAAAAGCAUCCCGAUUGCCGGCCGAGACAUCACCUAUUUCGUCCAGAGCCUGCUUCGAGACCGAGGUGAGCCGGAUAGCAGCUUGAAGACCGCCGAGAGGGUCAAGGAGGAGUACUGUUAUGUAUGUCCCGACAUUGUAAAGGAAUUCGCCCGCUACGACCGAGAGCCGGAUCGGUUCCUGAAGCACACCGUGACUUCACCCAACGGGCGCAGCGUGUCGAUUGACGUUGGGUAUGAGCGAUUCCUUGCCCCCGAGAUUUUCUUCAACCCCGAAAUCUACUCUUCCGACUUCCUCACUCCACUUCCCAAUGUUGUGGAUGGUGUUAUCCAAUCCUCUCCGAUCGACGUUCGAAGAGGCCUCUACAAGAACAUUGUGUUGUCCGGAGGUUCCACCCUCUACAAAGACUUCGGCCGACGCUUGCAACGUGAUAUCCGACACCUGGUUGAUGCUCGUAUUCGUGCAUCCGAAGCACGCAGCGGUGGAGCACGCAGUGGUGGUCUGGACGUGGCUGUCGUGACGCAUAAGAGGCAGCGACAUGGCCCGUGGUUUGGAGGCAGUCUGCUGGGACAGACUCCGGAGUUCCGCAGUUACUGCCACACCAAGGCAGAAUACGACGAGAUUGGCCCUAGCAUCGUCCGGAGAUUUGCCCUUCUCGGUGGCCCUGGUAGUACUUAG